AUGUAUCCUCCGCAGCAGACGCCGCCGCACCCAGGCGGGGCCCCUGGAGGCUACCCUGGAGUCCCGCCGGCAGGCCACGAAGCGGCGCAGCCCGGGGUCCAGCAGCCGUACUACGGCGGGUACGCGGCGCCGCCGCAGGCGCCACCUGCGCAUCUGUCUCUGCAGGACCCUCAGGCGGGGUCGUACGCGGGCGCGUACCCGCCUGCGGGCCCCGCCGGCGGGGGCGCGCCGGGCUACAGCAACGGUGUGCCGGCGUAUCCUGCCCCCGAGCCCGCGAAGUUGCCUGCGCUCUACCCUCCGCCGUCUUCGCCGUUCCCCGCGGCGGGGGCGGCCCCCGGGGGUCCCGCGCCCCCGCGGACCCCGUACUACCCGAAGGCGGGGGCGCCGGGCGCGGGUGCGGCGUACCCGCCGUACGGGGCUCCGGCGGGCCCGCAGGGGGCAGUGGGGGGGGGCGUGGGCGACGGCAGCGCGUCGGGGGCCUCGGCGGCGCAGCUGCUGCAGGAGAUUCAGCAGUUCAACUCGCCGCGGCACUUUACGCGUGCGUCGGUUGCGCGGGUGCCGCACAGCAGCAGUUUGCAGCAGAAGCUGCACCUGCCGGUCGGGAUGUUGAUUCGGCCACUGGCGCCGAUUCCGCCGGGAUUCCCGACGCUGGCGAGCGUGAACUUUGGCAGCUGCGGCGUGGUCGUGCGCUGCAAGCGCUGCAGGACGUACAUCAAUCCGUUCGUGCACUGGGAGGCGCACGGCCGCCGCUGGGUUUGUAACUUGUGCGGCUUCGUGAACGACACGCCGCAGUUUUACAUGCGCGGACUCGAUGAGCACGGCAAGCGCGAGGACCGUCUUGAGCGCCCCGAGUUGAGCAUGGGGUCGGUCGAGUUCGUCGCGCCAGCCGACUACAUGAUUCGCCCGCCGCAGCCGCCCGCAUACCUUUUCCUCAUCGACGUGAGCGCCGCCGCCGUCGCGUCGGGUCUCGUGGAGUCCGCGUGCGCGGGCAUCCGCGCCGCGCUGACCUCUGGCAGGUUGCCGGGGUGCUCCGGGGGGGGGGCCGCGGCGGCGGCGGCCGGGCCGACGGCAGGACCAUGCGGCGGCAAGCGCCGCCCCCAGGUGUUGGUCAUGCCCGAAAUCGACGACGUCUUCCUGCCUCUCAGCGAUGACCUUUUUGUCAACUUCGCUGAAAACCGAGACGCCGUCCUCGACACCCUCGACACUAUCCCCAACCUCUGGAGGACCAACGCAUGCAUCGACAACUGCAUGGGGAGUGCGCUGAAGGCGGCGCUGCUGGUGAUGAAGCACGUCGGCGGGAAGAUCAUGCUCUUCACUUCGCACCCGCCGACGGUCGGCGAGUUAGUCACCAAGCGGAGCGGCGGCUUGGCUGGCGCGGGGGCCAGCGGAGGGCGUCAGCAGCAGCAGCAGCCUGACCGCGAAGUCGAGCUCUUGAAGCCUGCGAGCGAUAUCUACCAGCAAUUUGCGCAGCAGCUGACGCAGUCGCAGGUCUCCGUCGACCUCUUCGUCGCGCCCUCGUCCUGUGCGACGCCGUCGGUCCCGGCGUCGGCGCCGCCGAACGGCGCGUACGGCAGCGCGAGCAAGGCUGGCGGCGCGUCUGGAGGCGGAGUGGUGUCCUGCCCGUACUACGACCUGGCGACGGUUCUGCCUCUCGCCCAGCUGACAGGCGGCGAAGUCCGGUACUACCCUGCGUUCCACAAGCUGCAGCAAGGCGAGCAACUCGAGCGCGACGUCGUUCACGUGAUCACUCGCACGACGGGGUGGGAGGCGGUCAUGAGGAUUCGCGUCUCGCGCGGCUGGCGGAUUUCUUCGCGCCACGGGCGCUUCUUCUUGCGAGGGACGGAUCUCUUCGUGCUGCCCACGGUCAACGAGGACUCGACGUUCUCCAUUUCGAUGGAGCUCGACGACCAAGCCGGCGGUGCCACGGGCCCUGCAGGUGUGGGGUCCGAUGUGAUCGCGGUGCAGGCUGCACUGCUUUACACAAACAGUGACGGCGAGCGCCGCAUUCGCGUGCACACUUUCUGUCUCCCCGUCUCGCAAAACAUCCAGGACAUCGUCAGCUCGAUAGACCCCGAAGUGGUGUCGUGCAUCUUGGUGCAGCAGGCGAUUGAUCAGUCGCUCCGCUCCAAGAUCGCGGACGGGCGCGCCUUCCUGCAGACGAGCUGCGCACAGUUGCUCUCUGUUCUGCAUUCGGUCGGCAGCUCGCCGCAAGUCGCCGCGAGCGGCCUCUACUCGCUGCCUUCGCUGCAGCACUACGGCGCCGCCGUCACUGCCGCGGGGAAUCCAAGCAGCGGCGCGCUAAUGGAGGCUGGGCGCCUCGUCGCCCUCCUCCUCCUCGGCGCGCUCAAAAGUACCUCCUUCAGACCCGUCAAAGAAGUUACGACGGACCAGCGGGUCUACUCAUGGGGUCGCCUUCUCUCGUUGCCGGUAGACAUGAUUUGCGCGUACCUGCAUCCGCGCAUGCUGCCGCUGCACAACUUGGAGGCGAUGGGCGGCAACCCCGAGCAAGUGCUCGACGGCAAGGAGGACAUCAUCCUGCCUCCGCAGCUGCGUCUGACGGCUGAAGAAAUGACUCAGGACGGCGCGUACCUACUCGAGAACGGCGAGGAAAUGCUUCUCUGGAUCGGCAGGAGCAUCUCGCCGCACUGGCUGUCAACUGUCUUCGGUGUCCAGUCGCUGGACUGCGUGCACCCCGACAUGGCGGCGGCCUCGAUUGGCGACACGCAGGAGAUGUUGGGCCUCCGCGCGCGCGCAGUCGUCGAGUCUCUCCGCCGCGACCGCAGCUCCAACUCGAUGCGGCUGCUGGUUGUUCGGCAAGGCGACCCCUACGAACAGAAGUUUUUCGCGCAACUGAUGGAGGACCGCGUGCCGUCGCUUCUGCUCACGUUCGCCGAAUUCCUCCAAAAAGUCGACAUGCGCACCCAGCUGCAGGCCCCUGCGCCUCCGAUGAUUCCGUCCGCUGGAGCGCCGGUGCAGCAACAGCGCAUGUAUUAG